GACACCCAGCUGUCACGUUGUUUACGCUGACGUCACCGUUUCGCCUGGCAACAGAACAUGUAUGGUUAGGAAGAUGUUAAUCCAAUUCAGCCUGAGCAGUGGCCACAACACCAACACCUGAGGAAAAACAUGGGCCUGUUGUCGAUUCUUCGGAGGCUGAAGCAGGCUCCAGAACAGGAGGUGCGCUUGCUGUUGCUUGGCCUGGACAAUGCUGGCAAGACCACUCUGCUCAAACAGCUGGCAGCCGAAGAUACCAGCUACAUCACCCCCACACAAGGCUUCAAUAUUAAGAGUGUCCAGUCAUCUGGCUUCAAGUUGAAUGUUUGGGAUAUUGGAGGUCAGCGCAAGAUCCGCCCAUACUGGAAGAAUUACUUUGAGAACACAGAUGUCCUGAUCUAUGUGAUUGACAGCUCAGACAGGAGAAGAUUUGAAGAAACAAGUCUGGAGCUGGCUGAGUUGUUGGAGGAGGAAAAGCUCGCUGCUGUGCCACUGCUAAUCUUUGCCAACAAGCAGGACCUGAUGACAGCCACCCCAGCGUCUGAGCUGGCAGAAGGUCUCAAUCUGCACACUAUCCGAGAUCGCAUGUGGCAGGUCCAGGCCUGCUCAGCAGUCAGUGCAGAGGGAGUGCAGGAUGGCAUGACCUGGGUUUGCAGAAACAUAGCAGUUCGGAAGAAAUAAUGCCAGAAGCAAAAGAUCUGUGAAGAAUUGCAGUUGCACUUUAACCUUGACCCACCCAGUCACUUCAUGUUCAGGACGAGGAGGUGACAGAAUGUAUUAUUAGUAUUAUUACUAUCAUUAUUACUAUACUCUCUUAACUUGGCUGCAUUCAAAUAUUUAGAACAAGUAGACAUUGUCAAUACAGUGAUUCUCAUGUUACCCUGUCUAUGCAUGUCUUCAAAUGUAUAUACUGUAUAUAUAAGGCCGUCUCAUUUAAAAUGAUUUUGUAAUGUGGUACUUUUAAUGCAGGCAUGUUGGCAGUAACUGAAUAAAACUGACUGCUAUGUGAAGUAUGCCUGUAAGUCUCUCUGGUCAAAGCUAGAGGGCGGCCUUGCACUGGUGUUGCCUCUCAGGGCUUAAUGCCCAAUUAUUAAAUCCUCUACU